ACAAAUACUGUUUUAAAUCACUAUAAAUUGAUUCCUUAAUUAACUGUGCAUAUACGCAAACAACUUUUGGAAUAAUAAAGAAUAAAAUAAUUUGUCAUAGGAAGCAAAUCACAUAAUAAACGUUAUUUUAUCCGAUGAGCUUUUAAGUAGGAAUUUAAUGAUUGAUGACGAAUAUAUGAACACAAAUGCUUUUACAGAUUGCUUUUACAGAUGUUCCAUGGGCAUCAGUGAUAACCGAACAUUUUAACAGGAUUAUGAAAAAUGUACGAGAUAAUGAUUGCCUUUAUAAAUAUCUAUUAAGAAGCCGAAUUUAUAAUGUCAAAAUCGAAAAGUGUCUCGAAUGAAGCUAUUAAUAAGAUUUUGGGUAAAAAAGUUUGGCCUUCUCUUAUCUCUCAAAAUAAUGGCAAUAACGCGGAAGAAUUACGAUUAAAUCAGAUGAUCAACCUAUCUUCUGAAAGAUUACGACGUGAACGCAAUUACUCCCGAGAUAUAGGAGUCACAGAAAGUUUUUAUUGCGCAAUUGGCCCUAUUUUAAGCAUCGCUCAACUAUUUGGUGUAUUUCCAGUAGCAGGAAUUCGAUCGUCAUCACCUUCAAAACUUCGGUUUAAGCCACUUUCGUUUCUUGUCAUUUAUUCAGUUUUCGUUAUUAUAAUGCUACUUUUUACAACAAUCAUAUCAGUGAUUCAUACGUUUAAGGUUUUAAAUGCUGAAACAUUUCAAAGAGAUGGUGGCAUAGGAGCAGCAACAGUUGGUGCAGUAUUCUAUGGGAACAGUCUGCUGGGCACAAUUUUAUUUUUCUGGCUGUCAUUCCGUUGGAGAUCUCUUCAAUGCGAAUGGAGAGCUAUGGAACGAUAUAUAGACAGCAAUUCGCUGGAAACUCCGCAUCUUCGUUGGAAAUUUUUCCUGAUAAGUUUCGUGAUUCUAUUUUUAGCUUUGGUAGAGCAUAUCCUGAGUAUAGUGAACAAUGCUGAAGGUUACGAAUGGAACGGAUCGAAUUCAACGUUUCGUAACUUCUUGGAAAUGUACAAUUCACGAUCGCACUCCUUUAUUUUUGAUACAUUGGAGUACAAUUUUGCCUUUGGUUUAUUUAUCUUUAUAAUCAGCAAACUAGCAACUUUUGUAUGGAAUUUUACAGAUCUUUUCAUUAUACUGGUUGCUACGGGUUUAGCUGAAAGGUAUAAAUGUUUGAAUAAAAAACUGAUACUUACAGUAGCGAAAUAUCGAUCCAGAUUUGAUUGGCACGAGCUUCGUGAAGAUUAUGCAGCAUUAAGUUCUGUUGUGAAGAAAGUGGACGAUCAUAUUUCACCGGUCAUACUUUUAUCUUUUGCGAACAACCUUUACUUUAUUUGCCUCCAACUACUGAACGGUAUAUCCAGGUUCAAUGACAGCAACAUUUUUAGUACAAUUUACUUCUUCAGUUCUUUUGCAUUUCUUAUUGGUCGAGCAUGCGCCGUUACAUUACUUUCUGCUAGGAUACACGACCAAAGCAAGAAAGCAUUGCCUUUUUUGUACAACUGUUCAGCGUCCAAUUACAACAUUGAGACACAGAGACUGCAAUAUCAACUCACCUCAGAUGAUGUAGCGUUAACAGGAUUACGUUUCUUCUCAAUCACAAGAAACUUCAUGCUUGCAGUGGCAGGUGCAAUUACCACUUACGAAGUUGUGCUGCUACAAUUCCAGGGUCAUGUUAGGAACUAAGUGAAACACUAUUUCAUGAUGUAUUUAUUAUUAUAUUUUUGAUUUUAUAUUUAGAAACUGCUACAA